GGGUGCGUUUGACAGACAGCCCUUCUCCAGCCUGCCCAGAGCCGUCCCCUCCUCCCUCCCCGCUCAGCACGCAGCCAUCCUCAACUCCAGGCAAACCUGUCCUCCAGCCCCGCUCCCCCUGUCCCCCCUACCCCCCUCCACCCUGCCAGCCCAGCUGGCAGGAAAGUGGCACCCCUCCUCGCCUGUGAUCGCUUCGCCCGCUCCCCCUUCUCCCUCCCUAUUGCCGGAGAAAGCGAGAGGAAAAAGUGUCAGAGCGGGGAGCGCGUAGCAACAGGAUUCUGGGAUGAAGAAGAUUCGGCAGCAGCAUCUCCGGGAGCCGGUGACACCAGAGCUCCUGGUGAGCCCCAGCAGCCAGGACGGGGACCUGGGCUCCGAGUGCCCGGAAGACAGAGGGAACUGGACGGGGCGGCUGGAUUUCCUCCUCUCCUGCAUCGGAUACUGCGUGGGCCUCGGAAACGUCUGGAGGUUCCCCUACAGGGCUUACACCAAUGGAGGAGGAGCUUUCCUGGUUCCUUACUUCAUCAUGCUGGCCAUCUGUGGGAUCCCCAUCUUCUUCAUGGAGCUGUCACUUGGCCAGUUCUCCAGCCUGGGGCCGCUCGCUGUCUGGAAGAUAAGCCCUCUCUUUAAAGGCGUUGGCAUGGGCACGAUCCUCAUCGUCUCCCUGGUGGCCAUUUACUACAAUAUGAUCAUUGCUUAUGUUCUCUUCUACCUCUUUGCAUCCCUCACAAGCGACUUGCCCUGGCAGCACUGCGGCAACUGGUGGAACACCGACCUGUGUCUGGACCACCACGUCAUCAAGGCGGGGAACACCACCUUCCCCGUCAACAUCACCAACACCGUCAGCCCCAGCGAGGAGUACUGGAGCCGGUACGUCCUGCACAUCCAAGGGAGCUCUGGGAUUGGGGAUCCUGGGAGGAUCCGCUGGAACCUGUGUCUGUGCCUGCUCCUUUCUUGGACUAUCGUCUAUCUGUGCAUCCUAAAGGGAGUCAAAUCCUCUGGCAAGGUUGUGUACUUCACUGCCACCUUCCCAUACCUCAUCCUGGUGAUGCUGCUCAUUCGUGGCGUGACCCUGGAGGGGGCCUGGAAGGGGAUUCGCUUUUACCUCACGCCCCAGUUUGAUCACUUGCUGUCUUCCAAGGUGUGGAUUGAGGCAGCCCUGCAGAUUUUCUACUCCCUUGGAGUAGGCUUUGGGGGCCUCCUCACCUUUGCCUCGUACAACACAUUCCAUCAGAAUAUCUACAGGGACACCUUCAUAGUGACCUUGGGCAAUGCUAUCACCAGCAUCCUGGCAGGGUUUGCCAUCUUCUCCGUUUUGGGAUACAUGUCCCAGGAGCUUGGGGUCCCUGUUAACCAAGUGGCAAAAGCAGGUCCUGGCCUGGCUUUUGUGGUGUACCCCCAGGCCAUGACAAUGCUCCCCCUUUCUCCAUUCUGGUCUUUCCUGUUCUUCUUCAUGCUGUUAACCUUGGGCCUGGACAGCCAGGUAAGGACAGAGCCCACCGAGCCAGCCAUGGUGCCCAGGCAGCCCGGGGGCUCAGGGGACCCUCUUCUCCUUUGCCUGCAGUUUGCCUUUAUGGAGACCAUCGUUACGGCAGUGACAGAUGAAUUUCCCUACUACCUGCGGCCAAAGAAAGCUUCUUUCUCAGCUGUCAUCUGCAUCGCCCUUUUCCUGAUGGGGCUCAUCCUCACAACAGAGGGUGGGAUGUACUGGCUGGUCCUACUGGAUGACUACAGCGCUGGCUUUGGUCUCAUGGUGGUGGUGAUCACUACCUGCCUUGUGGUGACACGUGUCUAUGGCAUGAAGAGGUUCUGCCGAGAUAUCCACAUGAUGCUGGGCUUCAAACCAGGGCCCUACUUCAGAGCCUGCUGGAUGGUCCUGUCCCCGGCAACAAUGAUGGCCCUGCUGGUGUACAACAUCAUCAAGUACCAGCCCUCCGAGUAUGGCAGCUACCGCUUCCCUGCCUGGGCCGAGGUCUUGGGCAUCCUCAUGGGAGUCCUCUCCUGCCUGAUGAUUCCCAUGGGCAUGGUGGUGGCUGUCCUCGGAGAAGAAGGGACGCUGUGGGAGCGAGUCCAGCAAGCCAGCCGGCCCGCCAUGGACUGGGGCCCGUCGCUGGAGGAGAACCGGACCGGCAUGUACGUGGCGAGUCUGGCCGGCAGCCAGUCUCCCAAGCCACUGAUGGUCCACAUGCGGAAAUACGGGGGCAUCACCAGCUACGAGAACACGGCCAUUGAGGUGGACCGGGAGAUAGAAGAGGAGGAGGAGGAGGAGUCCAUGAUGUGAGGGGACCCAGUGCCCUGCAGCCUGGGAGGGGGCUCGCCCCCCCAGUUUGCACAGGUUGCACUGCAGUACUUCAGGAUGGCUCGGGGGGGUCUUUUGGGGAGCAUUCAGGAGCUGCUGACCCUGCCGGCCUCCUCACCACUGCCAGGAUGGAGCUGCAGCCAGUCCCAGUGCCCCCGAGGUGUUUCUGUUCAGUGUGACAAGUUGUGUGACCAGUCCAUGCGUUUGUGUGACGGUGUCUGGUGCAAGUGUCCAGGCUGCUCCGCUCCCACCCUCGGCCCCAGCCCUGCCCUCCCCACGCAGGGAUGCUCGGGCUGCAGGGAUGUUCAGGCUGCAGGAGGUGGGGAGGAAGAGGAGGUCCUCUGUGUUGAUCUGUUCUCUGCUCGUGUAUUUAACUCCAAUAACCCACAAACACGUGUGAGAAAGGACUGGAAUGUCCUCCAUACCCUGAGGACGGUGUGUGCUGGUGUGUUCCACUCACAUGGGGGUACUCCAGCAAAAUCAGUACAAAUCAGUGUCCUGCUAAAGAAAUCUGACCUAAUAAAUGAGCAGUUAAAAAGAAUUAAAAGAAAAAAAAAAAAAAGCUUUAUAAACAAACCAGCUUGGGCCUUUUCAUGCUUGUAGAUCCACCAGGGACCCCCGUGGGUCAGGACAGCUCUUCCCCAUGGGGGGGGCAGGACGGGGGCCAGCUGAAGGAAGGGAGGAGGCUUGGAGACCUGUUCCCUGUGUGUGCAGGAGAUCAGGAACAUGUCUCAGCUGGACCCAGUCCCAAAGGAGGACCUGUGUCCAUCCCGGACGGGGAUCUGAGGGCUGUCCCUAGCCCUGGGUGCUGCUUUUCCCAGGGAAAGGCGAAGGGCUGGGUUUCAGUGCCUGCGUGUGAUUUUGGGGUAGCUCAGCCUGGGGUCCAUGUCCCAGAGACCCCAUCUCCUGCCACCACUGCUGGCCUGGGGGGUGCUGGUGAGCUCCGGGUCGGGGCUGUUUGGCCCAAUGCUGCCAGUCCCCAUCACCCUGGUGUCGUGUGCGCCUUCUCCCGUGUACCAUCAGCUCACCAUUA